UGUAAACUUAAAUUCAUCUUUUUAUUCCAUGAAGAUCCGAAUCGCCUCUUGAACCGUGAUGAACCCUAGCUUGCACAUCAGCAAACCUGAUUAACAGAAAAAUGUCGUCUUUUCUCGUUAAAGCCUCGCGCGGUUCGCGCAGUACAUCGAGACAGCUGACGCUCGAACUCCUCUCAUUAAAAUGUUGCCUUUGCUCUUCACAUUUGUCCGACUCCGCUAAUCUUCUCAACCCAAAUCCUUAUCCCCAAACCCCAAUCAUCAGAUUUAAUUUCAGUUUUAAAACAAAGAAACGCGAUGGGUUUGCCCAAGAUCAAUUCAAAUCCAUGCCACGGUCUUUGUCAGGAGGGAAUGCUCGUUUCUCGAGUUCACAUGCUGGGUAUUCCGUUGAUGAUGAGCCUUCUACAAGCGAUGGGCUUACAGUGGAGGGAAUAAUUAGAAAAAAUUGGGUUGUUCUUGAUGAGAGUGAAAGCGAUUGGAGAAGUCACGCCUCUUCCAUUGCUCAGUCCAUUCAACUUAUCAAGAAACGCCUAAAGUGGAAAAAGCUUGUUGAUAGGAUUGAGGUAUUAUCAGCCGAGCUCAACAAAGCAGAUCUUUGGGAAGAUGCUGUUAGAGCAGGAAAUUUAAGCAGGGAACAUGGGUCUCUGACAGGUAAAAUGGAGGAGGUCAAGGCCUUUGAGCAAGAAUUGCUUGAACAUGUUGAUAUGAUUAAGCUUGCUGAGGAAGAGAAUGACAAAGAUUUGCAAUUGGAAUCACUAACAGCACUAACAAAGAUUAGAAGAAGACUAAAAGAAAAAGAACUUGAAGCUUUACUGUCAGGGGAGCAUGAUUCUUGCUCUUGUUACAUCGAGGUUCAAGCUGGUGCUGGUGGUACCGAGAGCAAUGACUGGGCUUCAAUGGUCAUACAAAUGUAUAAAUUAUGGGCUCAGCGUCGAGGAUAUGAAGUUACUGUAGUUGAUGAAAUGCCUGGUGAAAUGGCAGGAAUAAAGCGCGCAACGAUCAAAGUUGACGGUGAGAAUGCAUUUGGAUAUGCCAAAGCAGAAGUAGGAGUGCAUCGCUUAGUACGCAUAUCACCAUUUGAUAGUGCUAAGCGGAGGCAUACUUCAUUUGCUGCUGUUGCUGUAAUACCCAUUCUAGGUGAUGGGUCUACGCGGGUUAAAAUUGAGGAAUCUGACCUUCGGAUUGAACGGUUUCGGGCAGGAGGAGCUGGCGGUCAACAUGUGAAUUCAACUGAGAGUGCUGUGAGAAUUACUCACAUCCCUACAGGAAUUACUGCUUCUUGUCAAAAUGAAAGGUCACAACAUCAGAACAAGGCUUCUGCCAUGGCCGUGCUUCAGUCUAGGUUGGACCAACUUGAGAUGGCUCGUCAGGCUCAAAUGAAUUCACAGCACACGCAAUCCCUCACUGAUAUUAGCUGGGGCAAUCAAAUACGCACCUAUGUACUCCAACCGUACCGGAUGGUCAAAGAUCUCCGGACUAAUUAUGAGGUUUCAGACCCUGAUUCCGUUCUUGAAGGGGACCUGGAUGACUUCAUCUUGAAGUACCUUUCAGUAUCAUUUGAAGGAUAGCAAAUGACCUUUCCACCCUAAUCAUGAGUGGACCCUACCAAUUGACAGCAAAGUUGGCUGAAAAGAUUAUAAUGGUAGGAUCAUUCAGUAAUUCUUCAAACAUUUAAGUUUUUGGGUAUUUAAUUGUUAUAAUUUGGUCCUUGGACAAAUAAUUGCUAUCUCACCUAUCUGUCUCCUUCUUUUUGCCCAACUGGCAUUGUUCUCUUACAUCCAUCCAAUACAUGUUGUUUGGAAGCUUACUCUACCAUUUUGAGUGUUUAUCUAACAGAAGCAAAGAACAGAAAACAUUUCAGCGACCCCGCUGAAGUACUGGAAAUGUGAAGAAUACAGUUGGUUGGUCGAGUCAUACUACAUAAAUAGCACAACUCCUUCCGCCUCGACUGAAUCUUGACGCUUGCUUUUUGCACGUGUUUUCAUUGUUUGCAAUUGCGCAAUGCAAUUGCGCCUUAUGGCGCGCCUCGCAUAUUUCCCAGGCCAUUGCGUAAUAUUGCAUGGCAGAUUGCGAUCAGGACUAAAGCGUACGCUAUUUGUGUUAAGGCGUACGCAAUGAGGCGUCUAUGUGGCGUACGUUAAACUGAGUGUGAUUUUUAGGUAUUUUUGGGCCCACUGGGCCCACUUUUAGUAAAACACAUAACUGGCCAACCCUUCAGGGUAUAAUAGCACGUCGAUAUUAGUUUUGAAUGAAAACUUUCCAUUAUCUACACUAUUCUCUACACACUUUUUCGCUGCGCCUUCUUCAUAUAUAUGUCAACUACAGGCCUCCUCUUCUACACUAUUGUAUCAUCUACCUUUAUCUUCUCAUGCGUUUAAGUUUCAGCAUAUCAGUAUGUUCUUUCAGUUUUUAUAUUUAAUGAUAACUUCAACUUUAAUAUUAUUUCGUGUCUUGUUUAAAUUCAGGCUAAAUAUUAAUGUAUAUUUUAUGAGUACC